GGAUCUUUGGCAGCCUGAUAAUUAUUGCAAAGCUUCAGAGAAUAGCUAGUAUGCCUUGAUCGUUCUUUCUAGCGAUUUGUUUGUUUAUUCUUGGCUAUCUGGGUUAGUUCACUAGGCUAAUUUCAGGUGAAAAUUUGUUCAUGAAUCAAAAUUUAAUCAACUUCUUUUUGGAAAGGAAACUCAGUGAGUAUUAUAUACCAAGUUCGUGUCAUAAUAGGCCUAGAGAAGUGAGGCUUCUCAUAUAAUUGGGCCAUAUCCAGGCUUAUUCCUUCUUGCUGCAAGCGGGAAGAACAAGUCUCUUGAUAGGGCAGAUCUCGGUGACUCAUUCUGCUCAGGACAAGCCACCACUAAACCUGUCAAGGAGAAUAGCCUGGAUAGCCAUACUUCUGGCUGAGAAGUAAUCAAUGACGAGAAAUAAAUCAGUUAGUGUUCUUAAUAGUUCCAGUACUUUUUGGGCGAAGCUUAGAAAAAUGUUCAAAAGGAGACAUCUCAUGAAUACUUCAAGAAGUAUCAGAGCGGCUAUUCCUUUAGUUUAUGUUCAUGUGUUAGACCUUGUGCUAUCCUAAUGGAGCCUCAGAGAGCAUCUAGUGAACUCAAAUGACACCGCUUCGAUGACUGUGUUUAAGUAGUGUGCAUCCUACAUCCCUGAAGUUUGUGAGAUAGGGUGCGAUUCAUGGAAAUAUAUGAUAGCGAAUUCCUGGAAGGAAUUUAUCAUAAUUUUAGAUUCAUCUAUUUGAAUCAUUAUUUCCUUAACAAAUGCAGGAGCUUUAGGCAUGAUCUCUAAAGUCCUAGAGCUGCAAAAGUUGCCAAAAUGCUUAUUGAUUGCGAAGCCUGAGAUCGUUUCAGCAAAAAUCUUAUAAAAUUUGAGUAGAUUUUAGAGCCGAAUAUGGGGUCUUCAGAGGUUCGAAUUAUUACUUUUAUGCAGUUUUAUAUCAUUCCAUCCUUGGCUAGGACUUUUGUGUAAUUAUUUUUGUCAGUUCGUUGCAGUAGCAGCAACAACAAGGCUCGAAUUGAUGAGUAUCAUAAUAAUGUUUAAUAAAAAACAAAUUUGAAAAAUUAAGUUAUCCCUUGACUAGAAUCUGAAAUCUUCAUGCGUUUUGUAUGAUAAUUUUCUUUGAACUAGUGAAUGCAUCUGUGUUUGCAAGCGAAGAACCCUCAUUUUAUUCCAUCCUGAUUAGACACUUUUGUUCAUGGCUAAGAAUACUUGAUAACGUUGCCUAAUGAUGUGCAAUUUUACCAAUUGAAUAAUAACUACUUGACUUAAACUAGAAAAUUUUGAGCAUUUUCUUUGGUUAAGAAAAACUGCUACUAAUCUGCAUUAUCGUAAUCAGCCUUCAGUGUCGUCUAUAAGGCCUUCAGUUCAAUUAGUAUGCAUAAUUUAGAGUGUAAUAGAUGAGUGUGCUCAAAAUCCCUUAGGUUAGUCAACUCAGGUGUUCUUUUCCCAAAAAACUACCCAAAGCUUCCCUUCUUAGACCUCUCAGCUAGAGCGGUGUGUAACUUCGUUGCUAACACUUUCAUCUAAAGUUCCAGCUUCUUUCAGCCAUCUCUGGGCAAGUCUGGCUGACUGGAGUGAUCCUAAUUGUGGGAGCCCGGUUCCUGAGCUCCUCUGUGUCCCUACCCUCACUUUCUAGAGCCAGACCAAACUGAACUCUUCUGUCACGAUUUCUUGUAUUAAAAUAAGAGCUUUAGGGACUCUGAGAGGUAACAUAGACGUCUCCUGGGUUUUAAAUUUUGAGGCUGAAUGAAGCAGAUAUGAGGCAACCAUAGAUAUUAGCAGAGAUAUUUUAGGCCAGUUAGAUUGUUCCAUUGGGCAAGUCUUGUGAGCGGAGCUGUGACGUUUCUCAGACAACCGCAGAUUAUAUCAUGUAGAUGCCAUUUUAAGGAAGCAUUAGUGUAUAUAAGGGUAAUAUGAUUCAGAAGCAGCAAUGAUUGUGGAUAAUAAAAUUUGAAUAGCUCAAGAUUUUGACAGAGAAGGAGCUUUCAGCUUAAUAAUUCCUUCUAUAAUGUGUUUAUUGGAAGUAAAUUUGUACAUAUUUUAAGUGUAGGUAAUCUAGACGAUAUCAGAAUGCACAAUUAAAGUAUAAAUAGGUUAGAAAUCCACGAUCGAACAGGAGCAAUUGUUAGGGUAGUAUAAAAUGCAAGAAAAUGUUAUCUCUACCGGUAAAAGUAAACAGUCCUAGCCAGUUAAAAAGGCACAGAAAGCUUGCUCUGAGGAUACAGUUUC